GAAUCAAGUCCUGAACAAACUGUUCCUUUAAACUUCUCUGAGUGUGUGUGCUGAAUGGAGUGUCGUUUUUCAGCGCUUAACUCCUCCUCUGCAUUCUGCUCGUCCAGCGCACACACACACACACACACACACACACACACAUUCUGCUGCUUGCGCAUUCCCCAUCAGCAGCUCAACGCACAGGGAAACGGAGCCUCUUCGCGUCCGAACACACCGUCUUCAGUGUUUGUGCUUCAGCUCAUCAAACAUGACGGUUGUAUUUCGCAAUGUGGAAGAAACGAGCAGCUGAUCUGGGGAGGAAUCUGUGUUUUAUGUGACUGAAACCCGUCUUUGGGAUAGAGACUACGGAGGCGCCGCGACCGUUGUUGCAACUUUUGUUGACGGUUGCGCGUUUUAAAGAAAAAGUCGCUCAACUUUUGCGCUCGAUUGUGGAAUGUAGAAUCGGGUGAGAAUACGCCAUUUCGACUUUUUUUUAUUCGUGUUUGGUGAGUUUGUCAGCGGAGGACACAGCGCUUCACGUCUGGAGUUGAGUUUGCAGAGUUUGUGUGCUUUGUGUGAUCGCUUCUUAAAGUAAUCAUGGACAAAUUGGAUUUAAAUUCAUGUGUCAAGGAUUAUUUCUGAAAGCUCCUGUGUGUUUUCCUGCGUUGAGUGGACUGCGCCGUUCUCGUGCACUUCAGAGUCAACACAAACUCUUGAUUUUGUUACCGUUGCAAGACGCUCGUAAACAUGCCACAGCUUAACGGAGGUGGAGGGGAUGAGUUGGGGGCCAACGAUGAAUUGAUCUCAUUCAAAGAUGAGGGCGAACAAGAGGAGAAAAUCUCCGAAAACGUGUCAGCCGAAAGAGAUCUGGACGACGUGAAGUCUUCUCUAGUGAACGAGUCGGAAAAUAACAGCAGUUCAUCCGAUUCUGAGCAAAACGAGAGGCGCCCUCAACCAAGAGCUGUUCUUGAAAGUUAUGAGAAAGCCCGAGAGUAUUUCACUGAAGCUUUGAGAAGACAUCAAGAUGGAGGGUUUUUUAAGAGCCCCCAUUAUCCAGGCUACCCGUUUCUAAUGAUCCCAGAUCUGACCAAUCCUUACUUGUCCAGCGGCGCCUUGUCUCCAAGCGCAAGAACGUAUCUUCAGAUGAAAUGGCCUCUUCUGGACGUUCCAGGCACGGCAGUACUCAGAGACUCACGAUCACCUACUCCAGGACAAUUAUCUAAUAAGGUCCCGGUGGUCCAGCAUGCUCACAUGCACCCCCUGACCCCCCUCAUCACCUACAGCAAUGAACACUUUUCUCCAGGAACUCCACCAGCCCACCUCUCACCGGAGAUCCUGGACCCAAAGACAGGUAUUCCUCGGACCCCUCACCCCUCAGAGCUGUCCCCCUACUACCCCCUUUCCCCUGGGGCCAUGGGGCAGAUCCCUCACCCAUUAGGGUGGCUCGUCCCACAGCAGGGUCAACCCAUGUAUCCCAUCACCGCCGGGGGUUUCCGUCACCCUUACCCAGCUCUUGCCAUGAACGCAUCCAUGUCCAGUUUGGUGUCCAGUCACUUUUCUCCUCAUAUCGUUCCUCAUCAUCAUCACGGCCUUCAUCAGACAGGCAUCCCUCACCCAGCCAUCGUCUCAGUGGCUAUUAAACAAGAGCCCAAUGGAGAACUCAGCCCAGCAGCUAAUACAAAGUCUCCAGUCUCGACUAAGAAGGAGGAGGACAAAAAACCUCACAUAAAGAAGCCCCUAAACGCCUUCAUGCUCUAUAUGAAAGAGAUGAGGGCCAAAGUGGUGGCCGAGUGCACGCUGAAAGAAAGCGCUGCCAUCAACCAGAUCCUCGGCCGCAGGUGGCAUUCUCUAUCACGAGAGGAACAGGCCAAAUACUACGAGCUGGCCAGGAAAGAGAGGCAGCUGCACUCUCAACUCUACCCUGGCUGGUCCGCGCGAGAUAACUAUGGCAAGCGGAAGAAGAGGAAGAGAGAUAAUAAGACAGACUCAACACCAGAGGAUUUCUCGGCACGGAAUAAGAAGCCGUGUGUGCAGUACCUCCCUCGGGAGAAGAUGAUUGACAGCCCGGCCUCCUCUCACGGCAGCAUGCUGGACUCUCCAGCCACGCCCUCCGCAGCCCUGGCCUCGCCCGCCGCUCCCGCCCCCACUCACUCUGAGCAGGCUCAGCCGCUGUCACUCACCACCAAACCCGACCGUCACCAUCACUUCCCUCUGCUCUCCAAACCCUCCUCCUCCUCAUCAUCAUCAUCCUCUUCAGCAUCCUCCUCCUCCUACCAGCCAACCAGUGCCUCAGGCAGACAGUCAACUCCGCCUCUUCUGUCUCGGCCACUCCCCUUGGCUUCCCUGCAUGCCUCGCUCCUGUCUCCGCCCUCCCCGUUCCAUCAGGCCGCUCUUCACUCCCAUCAUGCUUUGUUCCAGUCCCAGCCGCUCUCUUUGGUAACCAAAUCAGUUGACUGACUCUUCAAAAGCAAUUCUCUCUUAAUGUCUUUUACAUAAUGCUGUAUAUUGCUUUUUACCUUUUGGAGAAAUAGAUGUCAGGUUAACUUUUUUGAUAAGUGAAAAGGAAAUAAAUAUUAUUGGUCAAUAUUUGAUCAUCUGCUUUUCUGUGUCUGUAUAAAACAAUGUAUUUUUUGUAAUGUCUACUUUGGAACUGGUUUCUUAUUUGAUGCAUUUAUUCAGUAAACUUGUAUAAAGAAUACGUAUUAAAAACUACUUUUAAAAGACAAGAAGGAACAAAAAAACCUUUAAGCUUGCCUGUAAUUAAUGGUAGUUUUGGAGUUUCAUUCAUAGUACUGGCAAUUUAUUAGACCUCUUUGCAAUGACCCCCUCUACCCCAGUUUUGAAGUGUGUGAACUUGAUAAAUAAAACUUGUAAAUUGUUUCUAAAAA